UGCACUUCAGCUGCUGUGCGGAUCGAAUGGGUCUGUGUCUCGGUUGGAUCUUGACGAAUUUUUCAGCAAAGAACACAGGAUAAUGUCUCCGAUCAGUUAGUUAUCUCACAAGAAAACCAAUGGCAGCCAAAGGUCGUCAGCUGGGUAUUCGUCAUGUGCAGGCUGCACUGCUGUUCCUCAACCUGACCGUUAACUACAUAGUCCGCCUGAACGUAGGCGUGCUCGUAGUGGCCAUGACGGAGGAGAAAGCAACCACCAAUCAAAGUUUUCCGCAAAUCGAGUGGACAGAGGCCGAGAAAUCAUACAUCCUUUCCAGCUUCAACUGGGGAUAUUUGCUGAUGCAGAUUCCGGGCAGUUUCCUUGUCAGAAGAUUGGGGGCCAAGAUGUCCAUGAUCGUGCCAACCUUCGUCGUAGCCCUGUUAAGCGUCUGCACGCCCUUGGGUAUCCAGAUAGGCGAUUGGAGGGCAUUCUGUGGGAUUCGGCUGUGCCAGGGUCUGUGCCAGGGCCUGAUGGUAUCCUGCAGACACGAGCAUCUGGCCAAGUGGUCGCCGCCAGCGGAGCUCAAACAAAUGGGAGUAAUCGCCUACUCGGGCAUUUACUGCGGUACAAUCCUGGCCCUGCUCGGCAGUGGCUACAUUGCGAACAGUUCCAUCGGUUGGACGGGAAUUUCGUAUGUUUCGGCAGCAUGCUGCCUGUGCUGGUGCAUGCUCUGGUUCGUCUGGGGCGAGAACGACCCCAGCAGCUCGUACUGGAUUGGCGAGGUCGAGCGGAACCACAUUGAGAGCUCCCUGAAGAGUGGUCACACAUGCCCAAAGGGAGACAUACCCGUGCCGUGGCAGGCGAUAAUUUCGUCAGUGCCGUUCCGAGCCCUGGUAGUGGUCAACUGUGCUCAUCACUGGGCCGACGCCACAAUGGAGGUGCAGAUACCCUCGUACCUGCAUGGUGUCCUGCAAAUGAGCAUCACCAAGAACGGUCUGACUUCGUCGCUGCCUUAUCUUGUCAGAUGGAUCAUGUCCCAUGUGUACAUCCUCGUCGCUCACAUGGCCAUAGUGCGAGAGCUGAUCCGCCCGACUCCGUUGAAAAAAUUGAUCGUCACGUUAUCCACUUGGGGACCUGCUCUGCUAUACAUUUCCAUCGGCUUCCUGGACCGAACGAAUGCCGGAUUGGUCGUCACGCUGAUGGCCAUCAAGGCGGGACUUAGUGCCGGCUCCAGCAUUGGCGGAACAAUGAACAUCAUUGCGUUGGCGCCCAACCACUCUGCGCUUCUGAUGAGCAUUUUGUGUGUCUUGUCCGACGUCUUUACGCCGCUAACUCCGCUCAUUACGGGUGCCAUUGUUACGGAUCCUGCGAAUCGUUCUCAGUGGCAGAUUGUAUUCUGCCUGAUAGCACUUGUGUUCUUUCUCAGCAACUGGGUGUACAUUAUUUGGGGUUCGAGCGAACUGCAGCCAUGGGAUGCCGAUGAUUUUCUGCACAAGUGCUCUGUGGAGUGUUCCGAAAAGGAAGAUGUGAAAGACCUACCCGAUCUCUCCAUUAAUGCUAAAGUUAUGCUCAGGGACAUGUGUCAAAGAGUAACGGAUCGCAUAGACAAGGUGAUACCUGAUCAGCAAAGGAAUAUCAGACCAAAGAUAAAUACCGAAGGAAAUAAUGUGAAUAUCAAAAUUAAAGAUUAAUUUUGGUUGAAGCUGAGUUAACGAAUAGCAACUGCACAAGAAACUAUAUUAUAUCA